AUGCGUGCCACGUGGCGGCGCAGGGUGUGCAAGGGGCUCGGCGCGGAUGUGACGUGCGGCGAGAUGGCUCUGGCCACCAACCUGCUGCAGGGCCAGCCCAGCGAGUGGGCGCUGCUCAAGCGCCACCCCAGCGAGGACUGCUUCGGGGUGCAGCUGUGCGGCGGGUACGCCGACAGCCUGGCCCGCUGCGCGCAGCUGGUGGAGGAGCAGUGCUGCGUGGACUUUGUGGAUGUCAACUUUGGGUGCCCCAUUGACGUGGUGUGCAGCAAGGGCGCGGGGUCGGCGUGCCUGCUCAAGCCGCAGCGCAUGCAGGCCAUCGUGCGCGGCAUGAGCUCGGUCCUCUCCUGCCCCGUCACCUUCAAGAGCCGCAAGGGCUACCACGACGGUCAGGACAUGGCGCACACGCUCAUACCGCAGGCCGCGGGCUGGGGCGCCGCCGCCGUCACGCUGCACGGCCGCACCCGCGAGCAGCGGUACAGCAGGCUGGCCGACUGGCCCUACAUCAAGCGCUGCGUGGAGGCGGCCGAGGGCACAGGGCUGCAGGUGGUGGGCAACGGCGACGUGUUCUCUUUCGAGGACCACUACAGGCACCUGGAGGAGUGCCCCGGCCUGGCCACCACUUACAUCGCGCGCGGCGCCCUAAUCAAGCCCUGGAUCUUUACAGAGAUCAAGGAGCGGCGGCACUGGGACAUCAGCGCGGGUGAGCGGCUGGACAUGUUCAAGCGCUUCUGCUCGAACGGGCUGGAGCACUGGGGCAGCGACAGCCGGGGGGUGGAGACCACUCGCCGCUUCCUGCUGGAGUGGCUGUCCUUCACCCACCGCUACAUCCCUGUGGGCCUGCUGGAGGUGGUGCCGCAGCGCAUGCACUGGCGCCCGCCCGCCUUUGUGGGGCGCUCCGACCUGGAGACCCUCCUGGCCUCGGAUAAUGCCGCAGACUGGGUGGCAGUCAGCGAGAUGCUUCUGGGGCCCGCGCCGCCGGGCUUUGUCUUCUCGCCCAAGCACAAGGCCAACAGCUAUGCACGGAGGGAGGCAAGCGACCUCGCGGCGGCAGCGGGGGCGGCCCCCGCGCCCAGCGCCGCAGGGCCGGCGCCCGGCGGCGGCGCCGUCCCUGCCGGAGCGGCGACGGUGGCGGCGGCGGGCGAGGAAGAGGAGUACUGA